CUGGUGCUCGGUCGGCGGGCGCUGCCGCUUUAAGCGGGGGCGGGACUGCGCGCGGCUGAGCGGCUGCGACGAGGGCUCGGCUGGGGGUCGCAGGGGUCGCGGGCCGGGCCUGCAGGAGCCGGGCCGCCGAGGUCGCGGCUGGUUGAACUCAUGGACCUGAUACUUUUCUCUUGAGAAGCAAACCAGCCCAAAAGAAAAAUGGCGUUUGUUGCAACACAGGGGGCCACGGUGGUUGACCAGACCACUUUGAUGAAAAAGUACCUUCAGUUCGUGGCAGCUCUCACAGAUGUGAAUACACCUGAUGAAACAAAGUUGAAAAUGAUGCAAGAAGUUAGUGAAAAUUUUGAGAAUGUCACGUCAUCUCCUCAGUAUUCUACAUUCCUAGAACAUAUCAUCCCUCGAUUCCUUACAUUUCUUCAAGAUGGAGAAGUUCAGUUUCUUCAGGAGAAACCAGCACAGCAACUGCGGAAGCUAGUACUUGAAAUAAUUCAUAGAAUACCAACCAAUGAACAUCUUCGUCCUCACACAAAAAAUGUUUUGUCUGUGAUGUUUCGCUUUUUAGAGACGGAAAAUGAAGAAAAUGUUCUUAUUUGUCUAAGAAUAAUUAUUGAGCUACACAAACAGUUCAGGCCACCAAUCACACAAGAAAUUCAUCAUUUCCUGGAUUUUGUGAAACAGAUUUACAAGGAGCUUCCAAAAGUAGUGAACCGCUACUUUGAGAACCCUCAAGUGAUCCCCGAGAACACAGUGCCUCCCCCAGAAAUGGUUGGUAUGAUAACAACGAUUGCUGUGAAAGUCAACCCGGAGCGUGAAGACAGUGAGACUCGAACACAUUCCAUCGUUCCGAGGGGAUCACUUUCUCUGAAAGUGUUGGCAGAAUUGCCCAUUAUUGUUGUUUUAAUGUAUCAGCUCUACAAACUGAACAUCCACAAUGUUGUUGCCGAGUUUGUGCCCUUGAUCAUGAACACCAUUGCCAUUCAAGUGUCUGCACAAGCCAGGCAACAUAAGCUUUACAACAAGGAGUUGUAUGCUGACUUCAUUGCUGCUCAGAUUAAAACAUUGUCAUUUUUAGCUUACAUCAUCAGGAUUUACCAGGAGUUGGUGACUAAGUAUUCUCAGCAGAUGGUGAAAGGAAUGCUCCAGUUACUUUCAAAUUGUCCAGCAGAGACUGCACACCUCAGAAAGGAGCUUCUGAUUGCUGCCAAACACAUCCUCACCACAGAGCUGAGAAACCAGUUCAUUCCUUGCAUGGACAAGCUGUUUGAUGAAUCCAUACUAAUUGGCUCAGGAUAUACUGCCAGAGAGACUCUAAGGCCCCUUGCCUACAGCACGCUGGCCGACCUCGUGCACCAUGUCCGCCAGCACCUGCCCCUCAGCGACCUCUCCCUCGCCGUCCAGCUUUUCGCCAAGAACAUCGACGACGAGUCCCUGCCCAGCAGCAUCCAGACCAUGUCCUGCAAGCUCCUGCUGAACCUGGUGGACUGCAUCCGUUCCAAGAGCGAGCAGGAGAGCGGCAAUGGGAGAGACGUCCUGAUGCGGAUGCUGGAGGUUUUUGUUCUCAAAUUCCACACAAUUGCUCGGUACCAGCUCUCUGCCAUUUUUAAGAAGUGUAAGCCUCAGUCAGAACUCGGAGCCGUGGAAGCAGCUCUGCCUGGGGUGCCCACUGCCCCUUCAGCUCCUGGCCCUGCUCCCUCCCCAGCACCCAUCCCUGCCCCAGCUCCACCCCCGCCCCCACCCCCGCCUGCCACCCCCGUGACCCCGGCCCCCGUGCCUCCCUUCGAGAAGCAAGGAGAAAAGGACAAGGAAGACAAGCAGACAUUCCAAGUCACAGACUGUCGAAGUUUGGUCAAAACCUUGGUGUGUGGUGUCAAGACAAUCACGUGGGGCAUAACAUCAUGCAAAGCGCCUGGUGAAGCUCAGUUCAUUCCCAACAAGCAGUUACAACCCAAAGAGACACAGAUUUACAUCAAACUUGUCAAAUAUGCAAUGCAAGCUUUAGAUAUUUAUCAGGUCCAGAUAGCAGGAAAUGGGCAGACAUACAUCCGCGUGGCCAACUGCCAGACUGUGAGAAUGAAAGAGGAGAAGGAGGUAUUGGAGCAUUUCGCUGGCGUGUUCACAAUGAUGAACCCCUUAACGUUCAAAGAAAUCUUCCAAACUACGGUCCCUUACAUGGUAGAGAGAAUCUCAAAAAAUUAUGCUCUUCAGAUUGUUGCCAAUUCCUUCUUGGCAAAUCCUACUACCUCUGCUCUGUUUGCUACGAUUCUGGUGGAAUAUCUCCUUGAUCGCCUGCCAGAAAUGGGCUCCAACGUGGAGCUCUCCAACCUGUACCUCAAGCUGUUUAAGCUGGUCUUUGGCUCUGUCUCCCUCUUUGCAGCUGAAAAUGAACAAAUGCUGAAGCCUCACUUGCACAAGAUUGUGAACAGCUCUAUGGAGCUCGCACAGACUGCCAAAGAACCCUACAACUACUUCUUGCUGCUACGGGCGCUGUUUCGCUCUAUUGGUGGAGGCAGCCACGAUCUCUUGUAUCAGGAGUUCCUGCCUCUCCUUCCAAACCUCCUGCAAGGGCUGAACAUGCUUCAGAGUGGCCUGCACAAGCAGCAUAUGAAGGACCUCUUUGUGGAGCUGUGUCUCACCGUCCCCGUGCGGUUGAGCUCGCUCUUGCCGUACCUGCCCAUGCUUAUGGAUCCCUUGGUGUCUGCACUCAAUGGGUCUCAGACAUUGGUCAGCCAAGGCCUCAGGACGCUGGAGCUGUGUGUAGACAACCUGCAGCCCGACUUCCUCUAUGACCACAUCCAGCCGGUGCGCGCAGAGCUCAUGCAGGCUCUGUGGCGCACCUUACGCAACCCUGCCGACAGCAUCUCCCACGUGGCCUACCGUGUGCUGGGUAAGUUUGGCGGCAGUAACAGGAAGAUGCUGAAGGAGUCGCAGAAGCUGCACUACGUUGUGACUGAGGUUCAGGGCCCUAGCAUCACUGUGGAGUUUUCCGACUGCAAAGCCUCUCUCCAGCUCCCCAUGGAGAAGGCCAUUGAAACUGCUCUGGACUGCCUGAAAAGCGCCAACACUGAGCCCUACUACCGGAGGCAGGCGUGGGAAGUGAUCAAAUGCUUCCUGGUGGCCAUGAUGAGCCUGGAGGACAACAAGCACGCACUCUACCAGCUCCUGGCACACCCCAACUUUACGGAAAAGACCAUCCCCAAUGUCAUCAUCUCACAUCGCUACAAAGCCCAGGACACUCCAGCCCGGAAGACUUUUGAGCAGGCCCUGACAGGCGCCUUCAUGUCUGCCGUCAUUAAGGACCUGCGGCCCAGCGCCCUGCCCUUCGUCGCCAGCUUGAUCCGCCACUAUACGAUGGUGGCAGUCGCCCAGCAGUGUGGCCCUUUCUUGCUGCCUUGCUACCAGGUGGGCAGCCAGCCCAGCACAGCCAUGUUUCACAGUGAAGAAAAUGGCUCGAAAGGAAUGGAUCCUUUGGUUCUCAUUGACGCAAUAGCUAUUUGUAUGGCAUAUGAAGAAAAGGAGCUUUGCAAAAUCGGGGAGGUGGCCCUAGCUGUGAUAUUUGAUGUUGCAAGUAUCAUCCUGGGCUCCAAGGAGAGGGCCUGCCAGCUGCCCCUGUUUUCUUACAUCGUGGAGCGCCUGUGUGCAUGUUGUUAUGAACAGGCAUGGUAUGCAAAGCUGGGGGGUGUGGUGUCUAUUAAGUUUCUCAUGGAGCGGCUGCCUCUCACUUGGGUUCUCCAGAACCAGCAGACAUUCCUGAAAGCACUUCUCUUUGUCAUGAUGGACUUAACUGGAGAGGUUUCCAAUGGGGCAGUCGCCAUGGCAAAGACCACCCUGGAGCAGCUUCUGAUGCGAUGCGCAACGCCUUUAAAAGACGAGGAGAGAGCUGAAGAGAUCGUGGCCGCCCAGGAAAAGUCUUUCCACCACGUGACACACGACUUGGUUCGAGAAGUCACCUCUCCAAACUCCACUGUGAGGAAGCAGGCCAUGCAUUCGCUGCAGGUGUUGGCCCAGGUCACUGGGAAGAGUGUGACCGUGAUCAUGGAACCCCACAAAGAGGUCCUGCAGGAUAUGGUCCCCCCUAAGAAGCACCUGCUCCGACACCAGCCUGCCAACGCGCAGAUUGGCUUGAUGGAGGGGAACACGUUCUGUACCACGUUGCAGCCCAGGCUCUUUACAAUGGACCUUAACGUGGUGGAGCAUAAGGUGUUCUACACAGAGCUGCUAAAUUUGUGUGAGGCUGAAGAUUCAGCUUUAACAAAGCUGCCCUGUUAUAAAAGCCUUCCGUCGCUCGUACCUUUACGAAUUGCAGCAUUAAAUGCACUUGCUGCCUGCAAUUACCUUCCUCAGUCCAGGGAGAAAAUCAUCGCUGCACUCUUCAAAGCCCUGAAUUCCACCAAUAGUGAGCUCCAAGAGGCCGGAGAAGCCUGCAUGAGAAAGUUUUUAGAAGGUGCUACUAUAGAAGUCGAUCAAAUCCACACACAUAUGCGACCUUUGCUGAUGAUGCUGGGAGAUUACCGGAGCUUGACGCUAAAUGUUGUGAAUCGCCUGACUUCUGUUACUAGGCUCUUCCCAAAUUCCUUCAAUGAUAAAUUUUGUGAUCAGAUGAUGCAACAUCUGCGCAAGUGGAUGGAAGUGGUGGUGAUCACCCACAAAGGGGGCCAGAGGAGCGACGGCAACGAAAUGAAGAUUUGCUCAGCAAUUAUAAACCUUUUUCAUCUGAUCCCGGCGGCUCCUCAGACACUGGUGAAGCCUUUGCUAGAGGUUGUCAUGAAAACGGAGCGGGCGAUGCUGAUCGAGGCGGGGAGUCCGUUCCGAGAGCCCCUGAUCAAGUUCCUGACUCGACAUCCCUCGCAGACAGUGGAGCUGUUCAUGAUGGAAGCCACACUGAACGAUCCCCAGUGGAGCAGAAUGUUUAUGAGUUUUUUAAAACACAAAGACGCCAGACCUCUGCGGGAUGUGCUGGCUGCCAACCCCAACAGGUUCAUCACCCUGCUGCUGCCAGGGGGUGCCCAGACGGCCGUGCGCCCCGGCUCGCCCAGCACCAGCACCAUGCGCCUGGACCUCCAGUUCCAGGCCAUCAAGAUCAUAAGCAUUAUAGUGAAAAACGAUGACUCCUGGCUGGCCAGCCAGCACUCUCUGGUGAGCCAGUUGCGACGUGUGUGGGUGAGUGAGACCUUCCAAGAAAGGCACCGCAAGGAGAACAUGGCAGCCACCAACUGGAAGGAGCCCAAGCUGCUGGCCUACUGCCUGCUGAACUACUGCAAAAGGAAUUACGGAGAUAUAGAAUUGCUGUUCCAGCUGCUCCGAGCCUUUACUGGUCGUUUUCUCUGCAACAUGACAUUCUUAAAAGAGUAUAUGGAGGAAGAGAUUCCCAAAAAUUACAGCAUCGCUCAGAAACGUGCCCUGUUUUUUCGCUUUGUAGACUUAAAUGACCCCAACUUCGGAGAUGAAUUAAAAGCUAAAGUUCUGCAGCAUAUAUUGAAUCCUGCUUUCUUGUACAGCUUUGAGAAGGGGGAAGGAGAGCAGCUACUGGGACCUCCCAAUCCAGAAGGAGAUAACCCAGAAAGCAUCACCAGUGUGUUUAUUACCAAGGUCCUGGACCCCGAGAAGCAGGCGGACAUGCUGGACUCACUGCGGAUCUACCUGCUGCAGUACGCCACACUGCUGGUGGAGCACGCCCCCCACCACAUCCAUGACAACAACAAGAACCGCAACAGCAAGCUGCGCCGCCUCAUGACCUUCGCCUGGCCCUGCCUGCUCUCCAAGGCCUGCGUGGACCCGGCCUGCAAGUACAGCGGACACUUGCUCCUGGCGCACAUUAUCGCCAAAUUCGCCAUACACAAGAAGAUCGUCCUGCAGGUUUUUCAUAGUCUCCUCAAGGCUCAUGCAAUGGAAGCUCGAGCGAUCGUCAGACAGGCGAUGGCCAUUCUGACCCCGGCGGUGCCGGCCAGGAUGGAGGACGGGCACCAGAUGCUGACCCACUGGACCCGGAAGAUCAUCGUGGAGGAGGGGCACACCGUCCCGCAGCUGGUCCACAUUCUGCACCUGAUAGUGCAACACUUCAAGGUGUACUACCCGGUACGGCACCACUUGGUUCAGCACAUGGUGAGCGCCAUGCAAAGGCUGGGCUUCACGCCCAGUGUCACCAUCGAGCAGAGGCGGCUGGCCGUGGACCUGUCUGAAGUCGUCAUCAAGUGGGAGCUGCAGAGGAUCAAGGACCAGCAGCCGGAUUCAGAUAUGGACCCAAAUUCCAGUGGAGAAGGAGUCAAUUCUGUCUCAUCCUCCAUUAAGAGAGGCCUGUCCGUGGAUUCUGCCCAGGAAGUGAAACGCUUUAGGACGGCCACCGGAGCCAUCAGUGCAGUCUUUGGGAGGAGCCAGUCGCUACCUGGAGCGGACUCUCUCCUCGCCAAGCCCAUUGACAAGCAGCACACAGACACUGUGGUGAACUUCCUUAUCCGUGUGGCCUGUCAGGUUAAUGACAACACCAACACGGCGGGGUCACCUGGGGAGGUGCUCUCUCGCCGGUGUGUGAACCUUCUGAAGACUGCGUUGCGGCCAGACAUGUGGCCCAAGUCCGAACUCAAGCUGCAGUGGUUCGACAAGCUGCUGAUGACUGUGGAGCAGCCAAACCAAGUGAACUAUGGGAAUAUCUGCACGGGCCUAGAAGUGCUGAGCUUCCUGCUAACUGUCCUCCAGUCCCCAGCCAUCCUCAGUAGUUUCAAACCUCUGCAGCGUGGAAUUGCCGCCUGCAUGACAUGUGGAAACACCAAGGUGUUGCGAGCUGUCCACAGCCUUCUCUCGCGCCUGAUGAGCAUUUUCCCAACAGAGCCGAGUACUUCCAGUGUGGCCUCCAAGUAUGAAGAGCUGGAGUGCCUCUACGCAGCCGUCGGAAAGGUCAUCUAUGAAGGGCUCACCAACUACGAGAAGGCCACCAACGCCAAUCCCUCCCAGCUCUUCGGGACCCUUAUGAUCCUCAAGUCUGCCUGCAGCAACAACCCCAGCUACAUAGACCGGCUGAUCUCCGUCUUUAUGCGCUCCCUGCAGAAGAUGGUCCGGGAGCAUUUAAACCCUCAGGCAGCGUCAGGAAGCACCGAAGCCACCUCAGGUACAAGUGAGCUGGUGAUGCUGAGUCUGGAGCUGGUGAAGACACGCCUGGCAGUGAUGAGCAUGGAGAUGCGGAAGAACUUCAUCCAGGCCAUCCUGACAUCCCUCAUUGAAAAAUCACCAGAUGCCAAAAUCCUCCGCGCUGUGGUCAAAAUCGUGGAAGAAUGGGUCAAGAAUAACUCUCCGAUGGCAGCCAAUCAGACACCUACCCUCCGGGAGAAGUCCAUUUUGCUUGUGAAGAUGAUGACCUACAUAGAAAAACGCUUUCCGGAAGACCUUGAAUUAAAUGCCCAGUUUUUAGAUCUUGUUAACUAUGUCUACAGGGAUGAGACCCUCUCUGGCAGCGAGCUGACGGCGAAACUUGAGCCUGCCUUUCUCUCUGGGCUGCGCUGUGCCCAGCCACUCAUCAGGGCAAAGUUUUUCGAGGUUUUUGACAACUCCAUGAAACGUCGUGUCUACGAGCGCCUGCUAUACGUGACCUGUUCACAGAACUGGGAAGCCAUGGGGAACCACUUCUGGAUCAAGCAGUGCAUUGAGCUGCUCCUGGCCGUGUGUGAGAAGAGCACCCCCAUUGGCACCAGCUGCCAAGGAGCCAUGCUCCCGUCCAUCACCAACGUCAUCAACCUGGCCGAUAGCCACGACCGUGCCGCCUUCGCCAUGGUCACGCACGUCAAGCAGGAGCCCCGGGAGCGUGAGAACAGCGAGUCCAAAGAGGAGGUGAGGCCCCGCACCCCACGAGCAGAAUCCCAGAGAGGAGGUGAGGCCCCGCGCCCCACGGGCAGAAUCCCAGAGAGGAAGCAGAAUUCCAGAGAGGAGGAUGUAGAGAUAGACAUCGAACUAGCUCCUGGGGAUCAGACCAGCACGCCCAAAACCAAAGAACUUUCAGAAAAGGACAUUGGAAACCAGCUGCACAUGCUAACCAACAGGCACGACAAGUUUCUGGACACCCUUCGAGAGGUGAAGACUGGAGCACUGCUCAGCGCUUUUGUUCAGCUGUGCCACAUUUCCACGACGCUGGCAGAGAAGACAUGGGUCCAGCUUUUCCCCAGAUUGUGGAAGAUCCUCUCUGACAGACAGCAGCAUGCACUCGCGGGCGAGAUAAGUCCGUUCCUGUGCAGCGGCAGUCACCAGGUGCAGCGGGACUGCCAGCCCAGCGCGCUGAACUGCUUUGUGGAAGCCAUGUCCCAGUGCGUGCCGCCGAUCCCCAUCCGACCCUGCGUCCUGAAGUACCUUGGGAAAACACACAACCUCUGGUUCCGGUCCACGCUGAUGCUGGAGCACCAGGCUUUUGAAAAGGGUCUGAGUCUUCAGAUUAAGCCGAAGCAAACAACCGAGUUUUAUGAGCAGGAAAGCAUCACCCCGCCACAGCAGGAGAUACUGGAUUCUCUUGCGGAGCUUUACUCCCUGUUACAAGAGGAAGAUAUGUGGGCUGGUCUGUGGCAGAAACGGUGCAAGUACUCGGAGACGGCGACCGCAAUUGCUUACGAGCAGCACGGGUUCUUUGAGCAGGCACAAGAAUCCUAUGAAAAGGCAAUGGAUAAAGCCAAAAAAGAACAUGAGAGGAGUAACGCCUCCCCUGCUAUUUUCCCCGAAUACCAGCUCUGGGAGGACCACUGGAUUCGAUGCUCCAAGGAGUUGAACCAGUGGGAAGCCCUGACGGAGUACGGCCAGUCCAAAGGCCACAUCAACCCCUACCUCGUCCUGGAGUGCGCCUGGCGGGUGUCCAACUGGACUGCCAUGAAGGAGGCGCUGGUGCAGGUGGAAGUGAGCUGUCCGAAGGAGAUGGCCUGGAAGGUGAACAUGUACCGCGGAUACCUGGCCAUCUGCCACCCCGAGGAGCAACAGCUCAGCUUCAUCGAGCGCCUGGUGGAGAUGGCCAGCAGCCUGGCCAUCCGCGAGUGGCGGCGGCUGCCCCACGUGGUGUCCCACGUGCACACGCCUCUCCUACAGGCAGCCCAGCAAAUCAUCGAACUCCAGGAAGCUGCACAGAUCAACGCAGGCUUACAGCCGACCAACCUGGGGAGGAACAACAGCCUGCACGACAUGAAGACGGUGGUGAAGACCUGGAGGAACCGACUGCCCAUCGUGUCUGACGACUUGUCCCACUGGAGCAGCAUCUUCAUGUGGAGGCAGCAUCAUUACCAGGGUAAACCGACCUGGUCCGGCAUGCAUUCAUCAUCGAUUGUAACUGCCUAUGAGAAUAGCUCUCAGCAUGAUCCCAGUUCAAAUAACGCUAUGCUUGGGGUUCAUGCAUCAGCUUCAGCGAUCAUCCAGUAUGGAAAAAUCGCCCGGAAACAAGGACUGGUCAAUGUAGCUCUGGAUAUAUUAAGUCGAAUUCAUACUAUUCCAACUGUUCCUAUCGUGGAUUGCUUCCAGAAGAUUCGACAGCAAGUUAAAUGCUACCUCCAGCUGGCAGGCGUCAUGGGCAAAAACGAGUGCAUGCAGGGCCUUGAAGUUAUUGAAUCUACGAAUUUAAAAUACUUCACAAAAGAGAUGACAGCCGAAUUUUAUGCACUGAAGGGAAUGUUCUUGGCUCAGAUCAACAAGUCCGAGGAGGCAAACAAAGCCUUCUCUGCAGCUGUGCAGAUGCACGAUGUGCUGGUGAAAGCCUGGGCCAUGUGGGGCGACUACCUGGAGAACAUCUUUGUGAAGGAGCGGCAGCUGCACCUGGGCGUGUCUGCCAUCACCUGCUACCUGCACGCCUGCCGGCAUCAGAACGAAAGCAAAUCGAGGAAAUACUUAGCCAAGGUGCUGUGGCUUUUGAGUUUUGAUGAUGACAAAAACACUUUGGCAGAUGCCGUCGACAAGUAUUGCAUUGGUGUGCCACCUAUCCAGUGGCUGGCCUGGAUCCCACAGCUGCUCACCUGCCUGGUUGGCUCGGAGGGAAAGCUGCUCUUGAACCUCAUUAGCCAGGUUGGACGCGUAUAUCCCCAAGCGGUCUACUUUCCCAUCCGGACCCUGUACCUGACCCUGAAAAUAGAACAGCGGGAACGCUACAAGAGCGAUUCUGGACAGCAGCAGCCAAGUUCAGUGGGUAACCAGUCCCAUUCUGCAUCAGAUCCAGGGCCCAUAAGAGCAACAGCACCCAUGUGGCGCUGCAGCCGAAUCAUGCACAUGCAGCGAGAGCUCCACCCCACCCUUCUGUCUUCCCUGGAAGGCAUCGUCGAUCAGAUGGUCUGGUUCAGAGAAAAUUGGCAUGAAGAGGUUCUCAGGCAGCUCCAACAGGGCCUGGCGAAAUGUUACUCCGUGGCGUUUGAGAAAAGUGGAGCGGUGUCCGAUGCUAAAAUCACCCCCCACACUCUCAAUUUUGUGAAGAAGUUGGUGAGCACGUUUGGGGUGGGCCUGGAGAAUGUGUCCAACGUCUCGACCAUGUUCUCCAGCGCAGCCUCUGAGUCUCUGGCCCGGCGGGCGCAGGCCACUGCACAAGACCCUGUCUUUCAGAAGCUGAAAGGCCAGUUCACGACGGGUAUUCGUUUUGUAAGUCUGUUAAUUUCUCUGGGAUCACCUUACAUGGAGAGGCCUCAUGGUAGGUCAGUCUGCACAAGGUACAGAAGGCAAAGUUGCAGCUGGAGCAGAUGCCCGUGGUACAGCCAGGCCCUACAGGCCCCCACAGAUUUUGAUUUCAGCGUUCCAGGAUCCAUGAAGCUUCAUAAUCUUAUUUCUAAGUUGAAAAAGUGGAUCAAAAUCUUGGAGGCCAAGACCAAGCAACUCCCCAAAUUCUUCCUCAUAGAGGAAAAGUGCCGGUUCUUGAGCAAUUUCUCGGCACAGACAGCUGAAGUGGAGAUUCCCGGGGAGUUUCUGAUGCCAAAGCCGACGCAUUAUUACAUCAAGAUUGCGCGGUUCAUGCCCCGGGUAGAGAUUGUACAGAAGCACAACACCGCAGCCCGGCGGCUGUACAUCCGGGGACACAACGGCAAGAUCUACCCCUACCUCGUCAUGAACGACGCCUGCCUCACGGAGUCACGGCGAGAGGAGCGUGUGUUGCAGCUGCUGCGUCUGCUGAACCCUUGUUUGGAGAAGAGAAAGGAGACCACCAAGAGGCACUUGUUUUUCACAGUGCCCCGGGUUGUGGCCGUUUCCCCGCAGAUGCGCCUCGUGGAGGACAACCCCUCUUCACUUUCCCUUGUGGAGAUCUACAAGCAGCGCUGCGCCAAGAAGGGCAUCGAGCACGACAACCCCAUCUCCCGUUACUACGACCGGCUGGCUACGGUGCAGGCGCGGGGAACCCAAGCCAGCCACCAGGUCCUCCGCGACAUCCUCAAAGAGGUUCAGAGUAACAUGGUGCCGCGCAGCAUGCUCAAGGAGUGGGCGCUGCACACCUUCCCCAACGCCACGGACUACUGGACAUUCCGGAAGAUGUUCACCAUCCAGCUGGCUCUGAUAGGCUUUGCGGAAUUCGUCCUGCAUUUAAAUAGACUCAACCCCGAGAUGUUACAGAUCGCUCAGGACACUGGCAAACUGAAUGUUGCCUACUUUCGAUUUGACAUAAAUGAUGCAACUGGAGACUUGGAUGCCAACCGUCCUGUCCCAUUUCGACUCACGCCCAACAUUUCUGAGUUUCUGACCACCAUCGGGGUCUCUGGCCCGUUGACAGCAUCCAUGAUUGCGGUCGCCCGGUGCUUCGCCCAGCCAAACUUUAAGGUGGACGGCAUUCUGAAAACGGUUCUCCGGGAUGAGAUCAUUGCUUGGCACAAAAAAACGCAGGAGGACACGUCCUCUCCUCUUUCAGCCGCCGGGCAGCCAGAGAACAUGGACAGCCAGCAACUGGUAUCCCUGGUUCAGAAAGCCGUCACCGCCAUCAUGACCCGCCUGCACAACCUCGCCCAGUUCGAAGGCGGGGAAAGCAAGGUGAACACCCUGGUGGCCGCGGCAAACAGCCUGGACAACCUGUGCCGCAUGGACCCUGCCUGGCACCCCUGGCUGUGACCACGGCCACCCGGAAUGUGAAGGGCGCCCCGGGCUCUGAGCCCGCAGCUUUUACAACUUCUCCCUGCCUCGUUCCUUAUAUUCAUAGAAGCCCCAUAGUUUCACUGGGUUGCAGUUAUUUUCCUGGUAGUUUGUGUGUUAAGAGAGGGAGAAUAUAGUUUAGAGGAAGCUGAACUAUGGGCGAGGCGGUUGGAAAUGGCAGAGCUGAAACUUAUUCCAAGCUUUCAAAAUAAUAUUUUAAGAAGCCAGGAUUCUCCAGUCUGGAAUUUCUGGGUGAGUCCUUUUUUUAUGGUGUCCUCCCUCUGUGAAUGUACAGGCGGAACUGUACGAACAGCUCCCUACCAUCCAUUUUUAACUCUUUCGGAAAUAACACCUCACAGCAGCUUCGUGCUUUUGUACAGACCUUUGUAACAAGUGUACAGAAAACUCAUUUUGUUUGAGAAACAGGAGAUGAUGAACCCAUCAUGCUGGUUUUUCUCUGAGCACAAAAUUUUAGGCUGUACACAGCCAGCCUUGAGAAUCUCGUUGAGCGUUCGGCAUGGAUCCACAGGGCCAGGUCACCCUGCGGGAGCGCCACACGCAUCCACUUCGGAUUCAGCGGGUGAAGACAGAACUCUGAGAGUCUGCAGGCGGCUCCUGUGCUUUUUAUUUCUGGCUCUUCGGAUGUCUUCUAGACAUUUACUAUCAUUGUACCUGAAGAAAAAAUCACUUUUACCUUCCUAAUUUAAAAAGACAAAACAGAAAUGUACGUUCCUUUGCUAGCUUUAGUCUUUCUGUUCACAUUUUUAUAAAUCUGAGCAUUGAGAAUGUUCUAUCUAAAUUUGUACAGUGUGAUUUUUUUUUAGAAUAAAUAUUUUAUAAAAGGG